CUUUCCGAACUCCGCCGCGGACGUUGACUCUGUCUCUCUGCCUGCCUUUCUGCCUCAAUCGUCAUCGUCGUCGUCCGUUUGCGGAGUCUUGCCCUGCUCACCGCGCCCGCGCUCGCGCUCAUCACUACCUCUCUUGAUUGAAUUGACGUCGGCGACUGCCUCUCUCUUCUCUUUCUCCAUCCGUACAUCCACCUACUCCUCAACCUCAUAUCCCGUCUUCCUCUUCUCCUGUCUCCUAGUCGACGUCGGAAGGGAGAGAGCACCCAAGACCAUCAAGAAGUAGCAAGCAAACGCGCAUCAAGCAUCCCCACAACUUCUACCUCUCAAAGAUGGCACGCUUCUUCUUCAUCGGGCUGGGUCAAUUCCUGACCUUUGCCGCUACCGUUCUCACCAUCCUCGUCAACAUGGGCCAACUGACCCAGAAUGUCGUUGCUCGUCACUUUUGGUUCGCGCAAGUCGAGACGACUGGCCUGGGAGACACGUUGGGCAGCAACGCUGGGUCCCUGUACGCCUCCAACCAGGCGGCAGCUGAGCUUCAGAACCAGGGUCUCAAGUACAAUUACUACUGGGGCAUGUACUCCUUCUGCGGUGGCGCUGGUACCGACGAGAACCGCGACUGCUCCGACCGCUACAUCGGAUAUCGCUGGGAGCCCACGACGGUGCUGGUCCGCGAUGCCCCCACGACUGCCUCUGCGCAGCUGCAGAACCUCUUCAACACGAGCGACGGCUCUUUUGCCAACGUCAACUACCUUGGCAUGCUCUCUCGCGUCGCAAACGUCAUCAUCCUCGUCGGAACGAUCCUUUCGGGUCUGGCAUGGCUCACUGGUUUCCUCGCGCAUCGAUUCUGCUUCGCCUUUGCAGCCCUCGAGGCUCUCGGAGCAGCAGGAUGCUUGGGUGUGGGAGCGGCGCUGUGGACCGCCAUCCUUUACAAGGCGAGGAACUCGAUCCCGGACAACAGCGGUCUCGUCAUCAACUACGGCAAUUCGCUCUGGAUGACUUGGGCUGCGUUCGCCGCCGUUGUCCUUGCGAUCAUCCCGCUCAUCAUCGGCUGCUGCCUUGGCAGGAGCAAGUACUAAGAAGUGGACGAUGAGCGGAGAUGUCGUGCGACAUGCUCUGAAGAUGGCUCGACCUUGCUUGAUCUCGUUCGACACCCCUUUCUCAGCGUCCAGCGCAUUUCGUCUUCAGACCUCACUCGGCGAUGCAACUUGGUUCGUAUCGUUGGCUUUUUCUCCCUGCUCCCCCUCCUCCCGCCCUUCAAUGUACCCUAUCCCUCCUCUUUCCACGUCGUUCUUCUCUCUCUUGGGCCCCGUUUGUUCCAACACUGACAUC